AUGGGCUAUCAAACGAAGCCUGAUGCAGGGAAACCCGUUCCUCGUACGCAAUUCAUUCGGGAGUUUGUACUGGACUUCUGUCGUGACAAACGCUACGUGUUUGUGGAAGCACCAGGGUUCGAUGACACUCGGCACUCGGACCAAGAAGUUCUUCGGACGAUUGCUGACUGGCUACGAGAUAGAUAUUUGAAACAUUUACAGAUAACAGGGGUCAUCUACACACACUGUAUAACCGACAAUCACUCGUCUGACUCAGUACAGGAGAACCUCACUGAGUUCUAUCGGUUAUGCGGGGAGAAGGCCGCACAACACGUGCGAUUGCUGACUACAAGGUGGGAUGAAGUAAAUGACGCAGAAGGAAUACCGCGUUUGGUCUCGCAGCUGGAUGGGAACUUCUGGAAGCCUCCCACUCCUGCGGAUGCCCGUCACGAACGAUUCUUCAAUACGCAGAGGUCAGCUUUGGAUAUCGUAAACGGACUGGUGGGGGAAGACGCUCGUCUGAUCCCGGAAGAGGUGGUGGACGCAGAGAAGCAGUUAAACGAGAUCAGCACUGCGAAGGCUCACCUUCGGUUGAAGAUACCACUUUGCGAAUGGAUUGCCUGGCUUUUUUGUCCGAUGGAACGCCUGCGAGCCUUUCUGACUUAUAUAACCAAGUAA